AUGUCUACCCAAGCCGCUCAUCCCUCGCUCCUGAUCCCAGGACCUAUCGAGAUCACCGAUGAAGUCGCUCAGUCGAUGAGUUACUAUGCCCAGUCGCACGUCGGCCAGCCUUUCGUAAAUGUCUUUGGCGAGACCUUGACGCUUCUCCGCGACCUGUUCCAGACGAAGAACCCCGGCUCGCAGCCGUUCGUGAUUGCAGGAAGUGGCACAUUGGGCUGGGACCUGGUGGCUGCCAACCUUGUCGAGCCCGGUGAGGAUGUCCUGGUGCUACACAGCGGCUACUUUGCAGACUCGUUUGCGGACUGCUUGUCGACCUACGGCGCAAAACCCACACAGCUCAAGGCUCCAAUUGGGGACCGACCACAACUGCCAGAGAUCGAGGCUGCACUGAAGGCAAAGAAGUACAAGGCCGUGACCGUCACCCACGUCGACACCUCCACUGGUGUCUUGUCGCACAUUCAGCCGCUGGCCGAUCUCAUCCGCAAAGUCUCCCCGGACACGCUACUGGUCGUCGACGGUGUCUGCUCGGUCGGUGCCGAGGAGCUGCACUUUGACAACAUGGCCAUCGACGUCGCCUUGACUGCGUCACAAAAGGCCAUCGGCUGCCCGCCUGGUCUCUCGAUCAUGAUGGUUUCCGAAAAGGCCAUGAACGUCUUCAAGUCCCGCAAGUCGCCCCCCGGCAGCUACUAUGCCAGCUUCAAGAACUGGGUCCCCAUCAUGCAGAACUACGAGGCGAAGAAACCGUCAUACUUUGCCACCCCUCCCACUCAGCUAGUGCAGGCUCUCAACACGGCCCUGAAGCAACUGCUCUCCCAGCCCAUUGCGGCCCGCGUCGCCCAACAUCAGAAGAUCAGCAAGUACGUCAAGUCCGAAAUCAUGAAGAUGGGCCUGAAGCAACUCCCAAUCGACCCUGCCAAUGCCGCCAACACCAUGACGGCAAUUUAUUUACCUGAGGGUCUGACUCCUCCCGAGAUCCUUCCGAAGCUGAUGGCUCAGGGCGUGGUCUUCGCAGGUGGUCUGCACAAGGAGAUUGCGGCCAGGUAUAUUCGGUUUGGUCAUAUGGGCGUGACUGCCAUGGACGAGUCGAGAGGAGAGAUCGACAAGGCCUUGAAUGCACUGAAGUCGGGUCUGGCUGAGAUUGAGAAGGCCAAGAACUAG